GUCUCAAGAUCUUUCCACCAACUGAUUCCUCCUUAUACCUUGAACGUCUGCUGCCUCGGUCCCAUUCUUGUGCUUCGCUAUGUCUACAUUGGAACCACAGCAUCAUUCUCCUGCUGAUAUUAAUGGGGAUUCGUCAAGCACUUCAAUAGAUGUAACACCCAUUCCGCUUGGUGCUUCAUCUGGUGGUCGAGUAUCAGGAAAGCCUUGGAAGUCCCAAAAGACAGCGACUGUUCGUUCUUUUCUUCCUGAGGGCGUGAAGUCCAAAUGGGAAGAGCGUAUGGAGAAGACGAAGAAGGAAAAGGCUAUCAAAGCACUUCAGACCGAGUUAAAGGAGGAGAAGCAAGCUGAGAUCAAGCGUCGAAAAGAAAUUACGCUCGAACGAAAGAAGGCGGCAGAAGAGCGAAGACGACUAGAAGAAGACAAAGCAAAGAUGGGUGCAAGAAAAGCGGCCAGACUCCGACGAAGAGCCGGGCGGACCAAAAAGAUCAACCACUGAUCCACGCUCAGACUCCCUUCCAUUCAUUCUCUGGGUUAUAUUGCUAUCCGGACUGUUGUAUUAUUACAUUCCUGCGUCAUCCAAAAUAGGCAAAGGCUUGGGAACGUAACAAGCACAAAUACUCUUC